CACUCCAGUCGCUGCGGUGGCCGCGGGCGGAGCGCAGGAUCCAGAGGCAACAGAAAAAUGGCCACCUCGGAUGAAAAGACCGUCCCCCGCAGGGCCAAGGCGGCCUCCGCCGACAGGAUGAGCAAGUUCUUGAAGCACUUCACCGUCGUCGGGGACGACUACCACACCUGGAACGUCAACUACAAGAAGUGGGAGAAUGAGGAGGAGGAGGAGGAGGAGGAGGAGGAAGGGCAGCUGCCAACGCCGGCCUCCAGUGAGGAAGGCAGGGCCGCCGACGCAAGGGCUGGUCCAGACGCUGCGCCCAGGCCCCACCUCGACUUCAGGGCCACGUUGAGGAAGCUCUUCAGUUCCCACAGGUUUCAGGUCAUCAUCAUCUGCCUGGUGGUCCUGGAUGCCCUCCUGGUGCUCGCUGAGCUGGUCCUGGACCUGAAGAUCAUCCAGCCCGACAUGAAUAACUACGCGGCCCGGGUGUUCCACUUUCUGAGCAUUGCCAUCCUGACCUUCUUUAUGAUGGAGAUCUUCUUUAAAAUAUACGUCUUCCGCCUGGAGUUCUUCCACCACAAGUUUGAGAUCUUGGACUCCAUCGUGGUGGUGGUUUCCUUCGUGCUGGAUAUCGUCCUCCUGUUCCGCGAGCACGAUUUCGAGGCCCUGGGCCUGCUGAUCCUGCUGCGGCUGUGGCGGGUGGCCCGCAUCAUCAACGGGAUCAUUAUCUCAGUGAAAACCCGUUCAGAACGGCAACUCUUAAGGUUAAAACAGAUUAAUAUGCAACUGGCGAGCAAGAUCCAACACCUUGAAUUCAGCUGCUCUGAGAAGGAACAAGAAAUCGAAAGACUUAACAAGCUAUUAAAGCAGCAUGGACUUCUUGGUGAGGUGAACUAGAUGCACGUCUGCUCAAACCCAGAGAAAAGAACCCUGCCUCACAGAGCCUGUGCUUGUGCUGGUGGGGACAAGGACAACAGCCUUUCCUGGGCCAUUUGGGGAGAGGGUUGGUUUGAUGCUUUUGACUCCCUUCGUCCAGCUUGGACCCUGGACACAGUUUUUCUGAAGGUUGUCUUUCUUCCUAGGUAUGGCCAAGAGCCUCACAUCCCAUUCCCAGCCCCCCCGUAUACAAAUGUAUCAAAAACUAUAUUUUCUCAUAUCAAACACUUUACUCUUGCUUGAAAAUGAGCAACAAAAUAGGACAAUUACUAGUUGUAUAUAAAAUUUAUUCUCAUCAAAUGUACAGUUUUUAAGUUUCACAUAUAUAUUCAGGGACCAGAGCCUCUUUUCCAAAACCAAACAUUCUAGAGACAAAAAAAAGCUACCUUAGCCACCAGCUGAUUCUAGAAAAGUCCUUUUUAUUUUCAAGAGUUCUGAACAUCUCCUCUGGCUGCAGCUUCCCCGGGAGGCCCUUCUCUGCAUCCCGCUGCAGCACACAGCUCACGUGGUUCCACUGAGCUUUGCCACCUGAUGACAUUUUUUUCAAUUACUGUACAAUUAAUGUAUAAAAUCAACCCUCUCCCUCCCUCGGGCCCUCCUACAGUAUUAUUUCCAGCUUCAACUGCCUGGAGCUGCUUUUGGGCAUCCAGCACCAGCCCCCAGCUGGAGAACUAGCAACGUGCCUGGUUCAGAAAUGGCAAUUAAGCCCAAGACUGCACUGUAAUUAAUAUGAUAUUUGGGGAAAGAUCCCCUCAUGAGGCUUUGUACUCUACUUGUACCAUUUUAUACAACAUUCUGCUAUUUUUAUCAUCAUUUCAAUGGAACCUGAAAAGGAAAUAAAAUGUGAACUGAACAAAA